AUGAUUUCCACGAUCCUCGGCUCCGUCGCCCUUCUUGCAGGAGGUGCUGCGGCCCACGGUGCUGUGACCAGCUACAUCGUUGCUGGCACCAACUACCCUGGAUACCAGGGAUUCUCUCCCAGCAACUCCCCGGACGUCAUCCAGUGGCAAUGGCCUGACUACAACCCCACGAUGAGCUGCAGUGCCGCCAAGGUGAAGUGCAACGGUGGCACCUCCGCAACCAAGUUCGCCCCGGCUGCCCCUGGCGAUACCGUCUCGGCCAUCUGGGGUCAAUGGACUCACUCUCAGGGUCCCAUCAUUGUGUGGAUGUACAAGUGCGCGGGCGAGUUCAGCGGCUGCGACGGCUCCGGCGCGGGCUGGUUCAAGAUCGACGAGGCUGGCUUCCACGGCGACGGCACCAGCGUCUUCCUCGACACCGAGACGCCUUCUGGCUGGGACAUUGCCAAGCUCGUCGGCGGCAACAAGCAGUGGGACAGCAAGAUCCCUGCCGGCCUCGCCCCUGGCAACUACCUGAUCCGCCACGAGCUCAUCGCCCUGCACCAGGCCAACACCCCCCAAUUCUACGCCGAGUGCGCCCAGAUCCAGAUCACCGGCUCCGGCACCGCCCAGCCCGACUCCUCCCACAAGGCCUCUAUCCCCGGCUACUGCAGCGACAGCGACUCCAACAUCAGGGUCCCCAUCAACGACCACUCCAUCCCCCAAACGUACACCGUCCCGGGCCCCCCGGUCUGGACCGGCGCUUAA